AGUGGAAUGAUCAUUUUAUACAUGGAAUUAUAUGUAAGUGUCGGCAUAUAAAGACUAGCAGGAGGAGCCAUCUUUCACUACGCAAAAUCAUUUUCUCACUUACAAGCUUCUACUUCACUUCACUUGUGUUUUUCUUGUCCUGAAUCCAAGAAAUGGCGGAAGGAGUUCUCUUCAACGUUGCCGGAGGGAUCAUUGAGAGGCUAGGCCCCCUUGCUUCCCAAGAGAUUGGAUUGAUUUGGGGUGCCCGUGAUGAGUUCCAGAAGCUCAAGGUGACAGUUGCCGGAUUUCAAGCUGUUCUUCUUGACGCUGAGCAAAAGCAAGCCAACAAUGAAGUCAAAGAGUGGCUCCAAAGCGUAGAAGAAGCAGUCUAUGAAGCCGAUGACGUGUUGGAUGAGUAUAAUACUGAAAAUCAACUGAGACAAAUGAUGCCUGGAAAUUCAAAGCUAUGUAAAGAGGUGCGCCUUUUCUUUUCUAGCUCAAAUCAACUUGUGUUUGGGCUAAUGAUGGGUCACAGGAUAAAAGAUAUUAACAAGAGGAUUAGUGAGGUUGCAUCUCGUAGACCCAAUUACUUAAAAGAUAAUUGUGAAGAUACACGAUUUAUAAAGAGAGAGAGUGUCACUCACUCAUUUGUCCCCAAGGAAAAUAUUAUAGGGAGAGACGAAGAUACUAGGGCAAUUAUCCAACUUUUGUUGCAUCCCAUCUCAACUAAGAAUGUGUCAACCAUUUCCAUAGUUGGAAUUGGAGGAUUGGGGAAAACUGCACUUGCCCGACUCAUAUUCAAUGAUCAGGAGAUUCAAAAUCAUUUUGAGUUGAAAAUGUGGACAUGUGUCUCUAAUGUAUUCGAGUUGGAUAUACUGGCUAAGAAAAUCCUAAAACAGCUUGAUAAGCAUCAUCUUGAGAGGGUGGAUAAGCUUGAUAUGGAUCAGCUGCAAAAUAAUCUUAGAGAAAAAGUAGAUGGGAAGAAGUACCUACUUGUGCUGGAUGACGUGUGGAAUGAGGAUCAAGAGAAGUGGCUUAGCUUGAAGGACUUGUUAGUGGGUGGUGGAGAAGGUAGUAGAAUACUAAUUACCACUCGUAGCGAAAUUGUUGCAAAGGCAUCACACACAACUAAAUUAUACACCUUGGGGGGUUUGAAUGAAGAGCAAAGUUGGACUUUAUUUAAGGAAAUGGCUUUUGAAGAUGGAAAUGAGCCACAUAAUCCAACAAUUAAGGCAGUUGGGGAGGAGGUUGCGAGAAAAUGUCAAGGAGUUCCACUCGCUAUAAGGACGAUAGGUGGGAUGCUGCGCACCAAACAUCAUGAAAUAGAAUGGUUGAAUUUCAAAAAAAAGAAACUUUCAAAAAUAAGUCAAGAAGAAACUGAAAUUUUACCAACACUCAAACUAAGUUAUGAUGUGCUCCCAUCACAUUUGAAGCAUUGUUUUGCUUAUUGUAGCUUGUUCCCACCCGAUUAUGAGAUCUCUGUACAGAGAUUGAUUAGACUUUGGGUGGCGCAAGGGUUUAUUAAGUCAUCCGAUGAAAACGAGGGUUUGGAGGAUGUUGCGUUUGAAUAUUACAGGGAAUUGUUGUGCAGAUCGUUUUUUCAAGAAGAAAAAAUAGAUAAGUUUGGUAGAGUAGAAAGUUGUAAAAUGCACGAUCUUAUGAAUGAACUUGCAAUCUUAGUGUCGGGGGUCGGAAGCGCCGUAAUUGAUCUGAACCGAAAGAAUUUUCAUGAAAAGCUUCGUCAUGUAUCUUUCAAUUUUGAAAUUGAUUUGUCGAAAUGGGAAGUGCCAACAUCCUUGCUAAAAGCAAGCAAGAUACGAACCUUUCUUUUUCUUUGGCAACCAGUGGAGCGUGAUCCCCAAAGUUCCUCACGUAAUGCAUUUUAUACUACAAUUGUUUCAAAUUUUAAGUCAUUACGAAUGUUGAGUCUCAAUAGAUUAGGAAUUAAAAGAUUGCCUAAUUAUCUUAGAAAAAUGAAACAUUUGAGAUAUCUUGAUCUUAGUAGGAAUCACAUGGAGAGACUUCCAGAUUGGAUAGUUGGACUUUCGAAUUUGGAAACACUAGAUCUCAGUUGGUGUCAGUAUCUUGUGGAAUUGCCUAAAGACAUUAAAAAAAUGAUCAACUUAAGGCAUCUCAUCUUGGAAGGCUGUAAUUCGUUGAGUGGAAUGCCACGUGGAAUUGGUGAAUUGAAUGGUGUUCGUACAUUGAAUAGAUUUGUUUUGAGCGAAAGCAAUUGUUUGGGGAGGGGCGGUAGUGCUGGUCUUGCUGAGCUGGGGGCCCUUAACGAAUUAAGGGGAGAGUUGGAGAUAAGGAAUUUGAGGCAUGUGGUGUCAGAAUCAAAUGUUGGUACACCUCUCAAGGACAAACAGCAUCUCCAUUCGUUGGAAUUGUGGUGGAAAGAGGAAGAAGAUGUAAAGGCCGUUGAUGAGGAGGAUAUUAUAAAGUCAAUGGAAGUAUUGCAACCCCAUUCUAAUCUAAAGCAGUUGUCCGUGUAUAACUAUAGGGGUGUGAGGUUUGCGAGUUGGUUUUCUUCUCUCAUUAAUAUUGUUAAUCUCAAAUUGAGUAAUUGUAAGAGAUGCCAACAUCUUCCACCCUUGGAUCAUUUGCCUUCCCUUAAAGAAACUUGA